ACUCAUACCACCAAUCUCGAAACUAUCCAACCAUCAUCUCAGCAAAUUCAUACCCAUUUGCUCUGACCACAACAAGGACUAUUCUAUUUCGUCCUGCGAUAUUCCUGUACCAAUUCCCGACUGCGCCUAGGAGAUCGCCAUGAACAACGGUGCAUGUUUUGCACAACGACUAUUGCGGCAACGGCCAGCUCGAAUUCAUCGUCUGUCGCAGCCAUCUCAUAAUGGCUUCCACAAUUCCCCAAGAGUCGGGUUGGGGAAUCGUCCUCCCCAGAGACUAGCUACGAGAAUUCCUAUAAGAGGAGUCAAAACUUACGCGAAGCCUCCCACCAGAUUCCAACAAAUGGUUAUCGACGCUCGAACCCAGCAUCCGGUGCUUUUCCCCUUCCUUUUGAUCGCCUGCACGGGCAUGGCUUCUAUGUUGACGUUGAUGGCGUAUGAUGAAUACAAAAGGGAGAACUCGACUACUACACCAUAUCCCAAGCCGGUGGAGGAGCGCCUGCGACUGGCUCUCCAUUAUACACAUCUCAACCCAGAUCCCGACACGGCGGCGGGCUACUUCGUGGAUGCGAUCAAGAAGGCAGAAGAGCUAGGCAUGGAUCCAUACAGUAAAGAGUUUGUGGGCAUUCGAGUCCGAUUCUCGGAAAUGCUCGAGAAUUUUGGACAUAUGCGCGCAUCUAUUGAGAUCUUGAACGACGUGGUCAAGGACUUUGAGAAGAGACUAUCAGAAAUGGAUGCCCAUCCCGCCGCGACCAGCGGAGAAGCCGGUGCAGAGGGGGCCGAGGUCAACAUCAGGAAGCACCUAGUCAAGACCAUUAUCCAAGCCAAAGUCAAGCUGUCGUCCAUGUGGGAGAGCGAGUACAUGCAGGACUCGACCAUGGCCAAAAACGUACUGUCAGACGCGGUCGGCUUGAUUGUCAAGGAAACGCAGGACCCGCAACAGAACAGCUUCACCGAAGAGAAUGGAGCGGGAUUGAGCACGGGAGAAAUUGCGGCCGUUUUGGGUCAAAUGGGAGAUCUAUAUGCCACCAGUGGAGAAGAAGCCAACGCAGUCCAGGUGUACAUGUUGACUCUUCAACCCCUGCGAGCAUCCUGCAAUGGAACCAAGUCAUGCAAGGAGGUGCAGAUUCUCAGCAACAUUGCGACAACCAUGACGACGGCACUGAAGAAGCCGAAUGCCAAAGUCAACGGCAAGCCAGUGACGAAACAAUCAGCUGCUGCUGCUCGUCAAGCCAUCCUGAAAUGGGCGGAUCAAGCCAUUGCCACCGCGGAUGCAGUCAAGCCAGAAGACCGAGACGGAAUCUGUGAGCUGGCACUUCUGUCAGCACAGAUGACGCGCGCAGAUGUGCUCUUGGACAGCGGCAACAAGGAGCAGGCGAAACAGGCAUUGAAAAGCUUGUUGCCAACACUCCGAGAGAAAAAAUUGACACCUCUCAUCACUGUGGCAGAGGAGAGUCUGAAGAAAGCGGGUGGUUGAGCUUGUUACAGUCUUGGUUAAGCACCUCAAGGUGUCAGACUUUUCCACCACGGUCGGUUGAUUACGCAAGGCUCCGAAUAUAGGACUCGUGUGGUCAGAUCAGACUCGGGCGUCCAUGCAUGCGGUUGAACACCAUCGACUCCGCGUACGAGGCUCCGAGACCUUGCACACUGUCUGCUUGCGUGUGUGAGACAUGGAAUGAGAGAUUUACGAGGCUGAAGACGACGAGAAUUUGACCAUGCCGGGGUCUCCCUCCAAGGUUGGUCCCGGUUUCGCCAUCAUUGGCAGGGGGGUGGUAUCUUGGGAAGGGGUUUGGGUGUGGACCUGGAUCUGGAACUAGCACGAUUGAGUCAAUAUCGCAACAAGGCUACGAUGGAAAGUACCAUUGGUAAGGAUUGGACCAGGCAAAUCCAAGAUAUCGCUCAAGAAUAGGGACGAGCUCAGUAGAGGAUUCCACACAAGGCUCUCGCGAAAGUACCCAGAUGGGGGUUGUGCGCUGAAGCACAAUGAGACACGCUCUCAUUCUCUGACCCGGGCUUAGACGACGUCAUGGCGUGGAGAGCAGGAUAGUUGCACCAAGGGCCAAUAGUACGCUCGACAUGGAGGCUUGUGUGAGGGUAACGUUGCAAAAGGCGUGGAGGAGCAUGGAUGGACCCUCACGCCGUCAGUUGAUCCUAAAUUUACCAUGACUUCCUGAGUUCGAGUAUCUGAGCGGAGAGAAGGAGCAGACCACCAGAGAGGAAGCCACUGACAGGUGGACUACCAAUAGAGUCGCAUCGGGUAAACA